UGCUCUCGGAAACGAGGCUGAUAAGGCGGCCGUCUCUGUGUGUCGGCCCUACGCCGCAAUUUCAAUCCUUCUCAAAGGCGCGAAAACAACGUUUGCGCGCUCGUUUCUGUCGGCCGCAUUGCGUCUUCGAGGCGUCGCACAUCACGAAUACCAAGGAUGGCCGAUACAAGUUCACAGCCCGCCAAGCCGGAUGGGGAAGACAAGUCCAAGGUGGAUGCGGCCAUGCUGCUCCUUUCGGGGAAGAGGGACUUUAUCGUCCAGGACUACGCGUCAGCUGCGGCGAGCCUGGAGGAGGCCUGUAAGCUUCUGGCGAACUUGUAUGGCGAGACCGCCAAGGAGUGUGGGGAAGCCUACCUCUUCUACGGACGUGCGCUGCUCGAACUUGCCCGACAGGAGUCAGACGUGCUGGGAAACGCCUUGGAGUCCGAAGAGGAGAAGGAAGAUGACGACGAUGAUGAAGAAGAUGGAGAAGAGGAAAAGUCUCAAGAAGGGGAUUCAGCGGGAUCUUCUAAGGAAGGUAGUGAAGAAGAAAACGGAAAAAAACAAGACAAAGAAGAGCAGUCUGGUUCUGCUGCAAAGUUGUCGGAAAGCCCAGGCGUAGCGAACGCGCCGGAAUCGAAAGACUCGUCUGGUGGUAGUGGUGAUGGUGGUGAAGCGGCGGCAGGUGCCGCCACUGAGGUGAAGGCACAGCAGAAUGGUGGAGAAAACGAGGAGGAUGCUGAAGAAGAUCUCGAGAAGCCCGAGCCUGCACUGAAGGAGGACACGGAGCCGCCACCCAGUGAACCUGGCACUUCGACGGCGGGUCCCAGUGGUUCGUCGUCUCCACCAAAAGAGGAAGACGUUCCCAAUCUACAGUUGGCGUGGGAGGUGCUUGAAAUAGCCAAGAAUAUAUUUAAAAGGCAGGCAGAGGAAGAAACGGAGAACCAGAACGAGCACCGCCUCAAGGUGGCCGAAGUGCUGCUGAGGUUGGGCGAGAUCAGCCUCGAGUCAGACAACUGCGAGCAGGCCGUGGAGGACUUCAGCGAGUGCUUGAAGAUCCAGAUGGAGCUGCUCGAGGCCGACAGCCGCAAAAUGGCCGAGACGUACUACCAGCGAGGGCUGGCCUACUCGUUUGGUGGGCUGUACCAGGAGGCCGUCAACGAUUUCCGCGACGCUGUACGCGUCCUCGAGCUGCGCCUUGAUAAUUGCAACCGGUUUGUCAACGAGAACAAGGACAAGGAACGCAAGGGCAGCUUAGAGGACGACCCUGUUUGGGUGGCCGAACGAGAAGUCGAGGAUCUGCAGCUGCUGCUGCCUGAGGUGCGGAACCGUGUGGAGGACACCGAGGACACCAUUCGGCAAGACUGCCGCGCUCUCAAGGACGCCACGAUCGAGAAGAUGCGAGAGCGCUUACCCGCACCAUCUCCGGUCAAAAAGAGCUCAGAUUCCCAACCCGAAUCAAGCCGCCCAGUUAAUGUCAUCACUCAUCUCAUAAAGCGAAAGCCCGGCACAUUGCAGAGAACAAGUGACGGUGCCAGCUCUUCUGGAGGGAGCUCCACUUGCGUGCUCAAGAAGGUCAAGCCCGAGGUCACGGAAACUAACGGCGAGUCCUCUGGCAAGCCCCCGGCAUCGGAAGCAUCGAUUGCGAACGACUGUGAAAAGACUGCCGCGUCUCCUUUAAAGACCGUGGCCUCUUAGUGGAUUGUGAAUUUGCAACAGCAUGUGCACUGCGAGACUGUACGUCUGGUUGCCGCCACAAAGCGGUGCACGUGGAGAAACUGCCCUCCACUACGUAUUCACAUUACUGCCUUGAUCUGUGCGGUUGGGGUAGUUAACGCAUGUCACUUUUGUCGAAGUGUUACUUUUUUCUCUUGCUUUUGAAUGUACCAUUUCACACUGUAUAAAAGUACCAUUGGAUGUGUUGUAUUUAAUUCUGAAGCAUGUGUUUCUUUGUGUGCUGUGAUUCCUUGGUUGUAACUAAUAAAAACAAAAUGUCCCUUUUUAUGUAAGAAUGGUAUGCUACUUGAUACAUGUAUUGGUGGUUUGUUUAUAAAUUACUAUUACCAAACA